AGAAGUCAUAUGACUCUGCUGCCUUUGUUAUCGAUUCAGCUGGCGAACUAGUGGCUACUAACAUGCUGUAACCUGUAAAAUGGCAGUACAUAUGUUUGUUGUAAUUUCUACGCUGUUAUUUUGUUUACAUGGAGAAACGAGAGGGUUUCCUAAUCCUAACCAGCAGUAUGUCAUAAGUAAAAUUUCUGACGCUCUUCUGAUCCCUUCGCCAGAAGAAUUUAUUUUCAGUCAGCAGGAUUCUGUCCAAGUUAGCAAGAAGUCUGGAAAAACUGAAUCAUUAAGGGAAGAGGCGACCUGGAAGAAACAUGCAGUGCCUUUCAUCAACGCUGACCCAGAACCCAAGUUUAAAGAAAAGUUUUUCACACAAGUGCUUGACCACUUCAAUUUUAAUAGCAUGGGUAAUGGCACUUUUGAUCAGAGGUAUUUGAUUACAGAUCAGUACUGGAAGAAAGGCCACGGUCCCAUAUUUUUCUACACCGGAAACGAAGGAGACAUCUGGGAGUUCGCGUUGAACUCCGGCUUUAUAACAGAGUUGGCUGCCGAGCAAGGCGCUCUGGUCAUAUUUGCUGAACAUAGAUACUAUGGAAAAUCGCUUCCAUUUGGCAAAGACUCCUUUAACAUCCCAGAGGUGGGCCUGCUGACAGUGGAGCAGGCCCUUGCAGACUAUGCUGUGAUGAUUACAGAGAUGAAACAGCAGCUGGGAGCCACCAACUGUCCUGUCAUUGUGUUUGGGGGCAGUUACGGGGGCAUUCUCAGUGUCUACAUGAGACUGAGGUACCCCAACAUCGUCGCCGGGGCUCUGGCUGCCAGCGCUCCAAUCCUGUCUACCGUUGGAAUGGGGGAUUCAACACAGUUUUUUCACGAUGUGACCUCAGAUUUUGAGAGCUACAGUCCUGCGUGUAGAGAUGCGGUGCGCGGAGCUUUUCUUAAGCUGGAGAACCUGGCGCAGAAUAAAGAUUAUCAUACUAUCCAGUCAGGUUUCUCCCUGUGUAAGACCCCGUCAAGUGGUGCCGACAUUCACCAGCUGAAGGGACUCCUGCGAAACGCCUUCACGAUGAUGGCUAUGAUGGACUACCCCUACAGCACCCACUUCAUGGGGAGCAUGCCAGCCAAUCCCGUCAAGGUGGCGUGCGACACCAUGUUGAGUGGAGCUGAUCUACUGCCUGCCCUGAGAGACACUGUGGGAAUUUUCUACAAUUCCUCCGGUGAGCUGACCUGCUUUGACCUCUAUGGACUGUAUUUGGAGUGUGCCGAUCCCACAGGCUGCCUAGACAGUCUUGCAUGGGACUAUCAGGCCUGCACGGAGAUCGAGUUGUGCUAUGAGAGCAACAAUGUCAGCGACAUGUUCCCACCCCUUCCAUUCACGGAACAGGACCGUGAACGGUACUGCACUAAGAGAUGGGGCGUGGUGCCCCGCCCAGGCUGGCUCAAAACCCAGUUCUGGGGAGAUGCUCUCUCCACAGCCAGCAACAUCAUUUUCUCCAAUGGGGAUCUUGACCCAUGGGCAAAUGGAGGGGUAAGAAAGUCCUUGAGCCCAUCCCUGAUCGCAAUCACCAUUUCUGAAGGAGCACAUCACCUAGACUUGAGGGGUUCGAACGAGGCAGACCCUUCAUCAGUGAUUGAGGCCCGCAGGAAGGAGUCUGAAAUUAUCACCCAAUGGGUGAAGAUGGCGAGGAGGAAGUCGCUCUGAGAGCUGCUUGCGAAACGGAUAAUCAGAAGUUCAAACUUCACAAGCUGUGCUCAAUGAAGUCAAGCUGCUGUAAAAUCAACAAAAAUCAAUAAAGCUUUUAAAUGCAGGCAUUUUUCACCAAAACGAAACUCAAACCAAUGGCUUCUUUCAAUAUUUUAAUGUAGCCCAGAUGACACGUACAAAACAUAUUUCUCCAUACAAGAUUGUAGAUGGCUGACAGGCAUCCAUGUUGCUCCAAUAACAGGUUUAGACAGUCGCACUGGCCAUUGUUUUGGCAUGUGUACAACAGAGAUUCUGCACGACAGCCAAAGUGGCACCCACAUUAUGAAGCAAAUACCGACUAAAAAGUCUUUGGGAAGGAUCAGCCAUGUCUUUGGUGUAUUUUUUAUUUGUUUUUUAAACUUGAGAUGUGUCAUGGAAAAUCCAUUAAAACUUUUUAAAAAUA